GAUGUGGGCGUUGGAGUCCAACGGUUGGACAGAUAGCCAUGAGAUAGUGCCUGAGCGACCUGGGCAGAAGAUACUUGAGGGAGUAGGAAUAGCUGGUUGUCGUGGCUGUUUGUUGAAAAACGCAUUCCAUUGAGAGAAGAACAAGAAAGUGACCGUGAGAGAAGUGCACUCUACUUUUGGUGUGGCGUGCUGCUUCUUUUCUGCUAGACGAAGGCGAACUACAAACCUCGCAGAGCAUAUCAAGUUUUUGUCCCACGAUCUCCAGCUUCACUUUCUUAACACCUAUCUCCUUCGGUAUCCAUCACUUCUUGCGUUUAUGCCAAACAAGAUGAUGACGAGCAGCCCCAAGAAUAAUUACUUCGUUGAUGCUAAUGAAGUCAAACCCGCCAGCCGCGAUCUCAGCGCAUAAGCAGUUUUAAUACUUCUAAGACACACAACGAGGAUCCAGUAGACCAUCAAUAUGCAGGUCGAGGUGCAAAAAUACGAGCCUGACCAUGAGUACCUCGAGUCCCUGCGCAACCUGAAAUACUACUGGCUCUCUAUAACCUGCUCAAGUGUCGCAUUCUCAAACGUUGGUACAGUAGACGAGGCUGGAUUUUGUGUUGCGUGAUGAUCAGCAUGAGACGAGACACACAGACUGUUGCUCCGCUUUUUGUGAUAAAGAUGAUCUAUCCGGAUUUCAGUGCAGUUUGGUGUAGUUCGCGAACUUGUCAUGCGUACUCCUGUGAGAAGAGGCUGGAUCUGUAACGAUCGUGCACCUUUUGCAUCACAAGUCUGCAUAAAAAUUUCUAGCGCAACGUUUGAGAUGAAUGUAACAGUUGAACGGUUCAUACUGUCGGACCAGGUGCUCGAGCCCGAUAGCGACCCCGACCCGGUGGAUGACGCGGAAGACCGCCAUAUCGUAUUUAAAAACGUCUCCACCCAGUAGUUGUAAUGCAAAUCUGCAUGCUGAAAAUGUUUCUCAUGCGGAGCCCCAUGAGAAGCAUUUUCCAGUCGUGUUUUGAAAUUUGUCAUGUUCCAAUCAGCAUAACAAACUAGAUCUAUGAUGCUGCUGAACUAGGUCAAACAACGCUACGCCACGAGUUGAAAUUUGUCAUGCGAAACAGCCAAAGCUUGUGGAUUUGUCUAGUCGAUUCCCCAUCUUGACUAUGGGGUGGAGACGUUUUGACAUAGGAUACGCCAAUGCCGGUUCGAGGAUCGCAAGCAGCAUUUCUACUUCAGCAAUUACGUCCGCUGCCCCAAAUUGGUGUUCGGCACGGGCACGAAAUGGAUUCAGGGCCGGUACGCGAGAAACGGCGGCGGUGCGAGCACUAUUGACGCGACUGGUACCAAACACGGUCAGGAGGAUUUUAUCGACGAGGAGCUCGUUUCCUCUGUAAUCGCUGCGCUGGAUGCGGGCAUCCGGCACAUCGACACCGCCGAGUUCUACGGGCAAGAUAUCACAGCGCACAACUGCUCCCCCUCGUCCUCAUUUCUCAUGCAACACACCAUCUCCAGACUGUCCCUCCUGUCCCUAUAUAUGCAUGACAAGUUCUGGUAGCUGCCCAAAGAACAGCACUACAUCUACACUGCAGUGUAAAUUUGUCAUGCAGAACCUGCAUAAUUAGUGCUGAUGCUUGUAUUGCCCUUCAUGCUAUACAAAUGAGUGGGGGUUCUACUUGUGCACUGUCAUACAAGAGCAGAGCGUCGGGGAAGCGAUUCAACGUUGGACACAAAAGAUAUGGCGUUCUCAAACGUUUCUUUCAUUCUCAACUGUUACAUUAAUUUGUGACGCAAGAACAGCAAAAGGAAAAGCGGGAAAACUGCGCGUUUUGCAUGACAAAUUUGGGACGAAUUAUCAUGCUGCUUAGCCCUUCGAAAGUUUGCUAUACGCAGCACCUUGAUCACGUGGAGGCCGAUGGCAAUUUUGCAUGACAAAUCCGUGUAAAAACAGUUGUGAGUGUAACAAUUGAGAAUGCCAUAAAAGACUGGGAUAGACCGGAGGGAAAUUUUUCUCACGACGAAGUACUGGCCGGGGUUGGAGGGGUAUCACGAGAAAAAAGUGCUACAGUUACACAUUUGUUGGAGUUUCUGCAUCACAAAUUUUCUCUAUGUGGCAAGGAAAACUUGUAAUGCGCAAAUCAUAAGGGAAAACAGGAAGGAAACGAGGCUCCCAAGCAUUUCCUGCAUGAGAAGGGUUGUCUCUGUUGUCAGUCUUGCAUCACAAUGUGUAACUGUAACACUUUUUUCCUGUGAUAAGGGGAAAAAAAGCGUUGCCUCCAAGUCGACCAACGCGACGGCGGCGUCCAGCAGUCGAAGCGGAGGUCCAAGUCGAAGUAAAUCAACGACGAAGAAGAAAAAAGCUGCGGAUGGGACGCCGGGUGCUGAGGCACAGGCUGCAGCGGAAGUAGUUUCCGGCACUGCAGGUGCGCCAGCGGCCCCACUUCCAGAGAGCGCCAGCUCCUCGGGUCAAGAGGAACAGGACAUUGAGGCCGACAUCCUCGGCUCCUUGUGCGAGUCGCUGGACCGCCUCCAGUAUGCAUUGCACAAGAUGACAAGCACCGUAUUAAGUAGGUAUAAAAAUUGCAUUGCAAAGUUUUUCAGCAUGAACAAUGGAGGCUCUCAUGCUGGUUUACCUUGGGAAGCUGAUUUGUCAUGCAUAUCCGCCAAAACUAGUACGAGUGCGAUACUUUUGCAGUGGAUAUCCAGACCGACUAUGUCGACCUCUACCUGCUGCACUGUCCCUUUGAAGCCUUCAACGUCGACAAAUCCUUGCAGGAAGACGCGAAGCGGCUCGCGGAUAAUCUUAUUUUUCCCGAAGAUGAUAAUCUAAAUCUUCACGGGACAAAUAAAGCGACAGCAGCUACUGCCGAACUACACCAGCAAGCCGGCUCUCUGGAACUGUUCCGAUCCCGGAUGCGGCACGCGAACCAGAAACGGGAAAGCAAACUCCGCCGCGCCUGGGCCCGGAUGGAGCAGUGCGCGAAAAGAGGCCUGUGCCGGAGCAUCGGGCUCAGCAACUUCCCAAUGUCGGACAUCGAGUGCCUCAUGUUUGAGGAAAAAACGAAUACGCAAGCGCCAAAACCUGGCACCACCCCGCUCGACAACAAGCUGCGGUGCGCGAUUGCGCCGGUUUGUAACCAGGUAGAGGCGCACUUGCAUUUAGACAUCCAGUAUGCAUUGCAAAAGUAUCGUACUAGUAUAAAUCGCAUGAAAAAUUAGCUCAGCAUGAGAAAUGCAAUUUGUCAUGCUGAUUUACCUUGGGAUGGGGAUUUGUAAUGCAUGACUGCGAUUAUUACGAGGGCGAUGCUUUCGCAGAGGACAUCCAGGAUUUGGAGAACUUCCGCAAGCCGCAGUUUUUGGUGAACACGCUAUGCACUACAAUCAUGUUCAUGUCUGGGUCUGGAAACCUGUGAUGCUGAAUUGAGCAUGAUCGAAGCGCUUGCAAGUGCAGCCAAGCAUGACAAGUUUCUGAGACGCCUGCUGGUGCCUAGCACGCGUCACAAGUUGCGUUUUUGCAUGACAAAGGAAGCUCCUCUGAUGCUGCUCAUGCAACACAGAUUUUCUAGAAAUGCAAGACACGCAUCGCAAGUUGAAGUUCCACUGUUCCAGACCCAGACAUAUUCGCAUUUGAUACACACGAACCGACAAACACUUCCACCAGUGGUUUGGGCUCCGCGACGAUCGCAGCCUCAUCCCAAAAACCUUCGUCUACGGCGCCGCGUGGCCGUUGCGGGCGACGCCGCUAUCACCUGCAAAUAUGUCUGGGUGUGGAAAGAAUGGAACUUGUGAUGCUGUCUUUGGAUUCCAAAAAAAUCCGGUAUUGCAUGACCAGCAAGACAGAGGAGUCACCAGUUUGUGCUACGCGGAGAGGGCAUAGGCAUUUUUCAUGCAGAAUAGGGAUAGGCAUCAGGAAGCCCUCUCAAGAUCUGCGAUGCGGAUGCUAGAUCAUGCAUUACAGGCGUCGGGGGCCAUGCAGAAUAUGCAACAAGACAAAUCUGGCAAUCUUCCAGGCCCAGACAUAUUUGCACUCCACAGCCGCCGGGCGAGUUCGACGUGGACCCGCGGAAAUUGAAGGAGCGGUGGCCCUAUGCAUUGCAAAUAUGUCUGGGUCUGGAAGAUUCUAAACUUGUCAUGCACGUUUUGCAUGAGCCAUGAUGUCUGUGAUGCAUACCCUAGAAAUACAGAUUUUUUGAGGGCUUCUUGAUGCCUAUUCCACAUAGCAAAUGCCUUCGCAGCGUAGCAAAAAUUGCAUUCCCUUUGCUACUCAUGCAAUACAGAUUUUUUUGGAAUCCAAAUGUAGCAUCACAACUUACAUCCUUCCAGACCCAGACAUUUUUGCAUUUCAUAGGCCCGAAUCUGAGCCGGAAGAAAAAAGGCAGAAGGAGGUCGUGUUUGGGGCCGAAAGCAGUGUGGAGUCGGAACAAUUUGAGGUAAUUUUCACAUAGAAGUAGAGGAGCACAGAUUCGUGUUGACGUUUCAUCUUAUACCACUGUCAACACGCAUAUCGUUUCAAAGAUUUUUUUCAACCCCCAACAUGAAAAAUCAGAUCGACACCGACCCAGAGAAGGACCCGUUCGUGGACCGAGACUACGAGCUAUGACGCUGCACAACAAACCCCCCCUCGUCCCCCUCCUUUGUAGUCCUGCAAGAUCACAAGUCACCGAAUCCAUUCCUAGGCUAGCGCUAGCCUCUGGGCAUUGUUUGCACAACAGGUUUUUGCCAGCCCUUCAAACAGCACUACAACGUGGUGAAGUUGAAGUUCUUGUAAAACGUGCAUUCUUGUUAUUCAUGAACUGCCACCGACGCUUGUCUUGCUAUUCGAUUCAUGCACUACAACUGAGUAGAGGCGGAAUGGUGCACAACUCAAACUCUCAUACGGGCCACCGUAUGACGAUGAGGAUUGCUGGGAGAAGAAUUCUGAGGAUUCGGAAGACACUCGCGACCGGAAGAAGCGAAAACGGCAGAGACUACGACUGAAGGACAUCCACGACCUGGAACGGAACCCCCCAAUCGACACCCCGUGGGAGAAGAACCGAGACCUGAAGCGGUGUCUGUACGAUUUGGCAACCGCGAGAAACACCAGUAGCGAGGUAUGCAUUGCAAAUAUGUCGUCUGGCGGGUCUGGAACAAAGGUGUCGACCUGUGAUGCUGUCUGGCAGUCACAAAAAAAUCUGUCAUGCGUGUUUAGCAAAAGCUGUCAGUCUUUGGCCACGCACCUUGAGAAAGGAUUUCUCAUGCAGAGUUGGCAUGGAAAAGCUCUCACACGACUUGUGAAGAUGCUAGACCUCGCGUUCCAGAACACUGGGUUAUGCAAAACCAGCAUGGCAAACACUUGCAGCCUUGUUCCGGAUCCGGACCCAGACCGCAUAUUAUUUGCAGUUGAUAUGAGGUGGUGGCAUACAAGUGGUGUCUCGACCAGGAUUGGGGCCUCGUGUUCACCUCCGCGAACGCCGAUCGGAUCAAACACAUCGCAACGGACAUGUACAACCGAUACAGAACAAUUUCAAUUCGUUCCUGUCUAUGUGUUGUUAUCAUAUGGUUUGGCGGACACGAAUGUGGUAUGUAGUGAGGUCACGAACGUUCUAUCCUAGCUGUUUUUUUGACACCUCACCUUCAAAACGACCGGCAGUUUUCAAGCGGACGGAAGUGUUUUUGGACAUAAAAGAUUUUCACUUAUCAAGCGGCCGGGGCUUUGUUGUCAAACAAGCCCGAGCCAAUUCUAUCGAGUCCCGCUUGAUAAAACGACGCAGGUGAGCCGGCAAAAGGGGCGCCCGUCUGAGGCGCCCGCCGCCUUGGUUUCUGGCGGUUUGGGGCGCCCAAAAAGGGGCGCGCAAAAAGCAGCAAGCCGAAAAAAGCAGCGAAUCCGCAUGGUAUGGGCCUUAUUUUGGCCCACAUUCGGGCCCCGCAAAAGACGCCACCAAAAUCCGCCAUUUCAGAGGCUGACUUGAGGCCAGAAGAUGCGGCAUUUUGACAAAAAAAACAAAAAAAGCAAAGUUCGCCGAAAGCAAAAAGCCAAUCCGCAUGUUAUGGGCCCGAUUUGGGGCUCCCAAGGGGCCGACCCUGGCGGGGGCCCGGGUGGGGCCCUAGCAUGCGGGGAAGAUUUUUCGAUUCGAAGCGAAAUGAUGGUCAGCUCUGCGUCGAGAUUUUUGCCGACCGCCGUGCCGUCGUGCAUAACAUUACUCGCGACGGCAUGGCGGGCAGAGAGGCCGCGUUUUUUUGGCGUGAAGACAAAAAAAACCGCCUAGACCUCACUACCCCCGCGGACGCGGCUAUUAGUUAUAUAGAUUAUAGACUGAUACGAACUUGGCUCAAAGGCUGUAGAGGAAAGUUUUGAGACCCUUAAACAGCAUUAGAAAUUGCGGCUCAACCUGGAGCAAACCUGGGGCAAACCCCUAGGGCUUUUCAAAGUGGUCUUCUUUCCUAUUUGCGAAUACGCACGGCUGUCGGCCCAAAAGAUGGAGGUCGAGCCGUAGGGAACGAUCAAAAACCACAAAAAGCGCGACAUUUUGGAAGUGCUGAACCUGCAUGCUAUUACGACAAAAGCUGGGACCUUUCUGGGGCUCGGGCUCUAGGGCUUUUCAGAUAUUCGCGCACUUUUUUUGCUAAAAUGCGUGCUACUGUGAAAAUAUUUGCGACAAAUUCUACGGCUUGAGCUGUAGGGGUUCGGCACGAUGAACGACAAAGAAACCCCUAGGCGCUACAAAAAUACCCCGAGCCCUAGACGCAGUGACGCCCCUGCCCCCUCGCUCAGAAGAGAACCGCUCGCCCCCUUCAAUAUGAAAGUGCCCCUCGCCCCCCGUGCGGUGCGCCCUGCUCCUGGUGGAACCUCUUGCCCCUGCGUGCUGGCGCCUGCCCCUUAGCCCUGGCAGCAUUUCUUACUUACCCUUUGCGUUAGGUCUUGUCCCUCGCAGUACAUCUUGCCCCUCGCAGUACAUCUUGCCCCUCGCAGUGCAUCUUGCCCAUCGCAGUGCAUCUUGCCCCUCGCAGUACAUCUUGCCCCUGCGCAUACGCCUCGCCCCUUGCAGGACUUCUUGCUCCUUGUAGUGUUAGCGCCCCUUUUCCAUCGCAAUACGCUAUAUCUCGCCUCGGCAGGCGCGUGCAGAUCUUGCGCCUGAUAGAACUUCUUGCCCCUGGUGGGGCCUUUUGCUCCUGAUCCUGGUAGCACAUAUGGGGCCCGCCUUCUAAUACCCCUAGCGCCCUGCCGGCAAAGACCUAGCCACCCCGCCCCGCCUUCGGAGAGCUAGCGAACAACCCCCACCGCCCCCAGGUUGGUUCCCUGCCGUGGGUGUGACUGCGACCCCGGCAGGCCCCGGGCCGCCCCUUCUAUCUUGCUCUCGCGGCGCACCCGUUCCCGCCGGCCUGCGCCCCUUACGCCCCGCUCCCCUAGCGCCCGCGCGGGAACGUCCACGGGCACUUUUUUUUUCCGCCGCGCCAGCCAUUUUCUUCUUUGCGCCAAAGCGGUGGAGGAAGCGUCCACACGCAAUAAACAGACACGCAGGCGCAAGUAGCUGCCAAAAUCGCAGCCGUAGGUACGUAUCGGGGGCAUGUUGCCGCUAUCUUGCGGCGACUAGGUCGAGGCCCGCUGCUGUCCGCCGCCCGCCCAGGAGACAGCGGCGGCGCACUCCUGCAGCCAGUCUUUUGGAAGAAGACGGCCGCCGCCCUCCCCCGCGUGGGCGGGGGCAGGGUGGGUCAGGCCACCGACCGGGGGGGCCACGGGGCCGGGCGAGGGGGCAAGCGCCGUGCUCUGGGGGAAGCUAGCGCUAGCGCGCCAGUCAGUGGCUGUGCCCAAAACGCCCGAGCCAAGCUAGCAGCAAGGGCGAGGCGGCCCCGGGUCAGGGUCUCGGCUAGGAUGGAAAAAAUGGUGGGGCGCAGCACUUUCGUAAAAAAGCAAGCCGGGAGGUAGCGCCCUGCCUGGCAGGCCGACUCCCCCCAUCCCCCCGCCCCGGCCACCCAUUGCGCCGCCCUCCCUGGCUUCGCUUGGUGGCGCGCCCCCUCGGCGCUAGUCAGCAACCGCGCGGGCGGGCAAGAUUCGGGGCACGGCCUGCGGUUGUUAGUUUCGAAAGCGCGCGGCCGCCGCCCCUGCGCCCCCCCCGUCCAGCAGUGUCACCUCGGCGCCAUCCCGCCCAACAUGCGCAAGGAAAACGGGCGGGCCUUGCUCCCUCGCACGCUCGCCCCUAGCAGCGCCACUACGGCUACGCCCUUGGUAGGGCCUCUGCUCUUGUACCCCUCGCCCCUCGCGAUGCCGCUUCGACUACGCCGACUGCUACCCCAACAACCGGAACGCCGACUGCUACGCCUACUUCCGCGCCUACUUCUACACCUACUCCUACGCCUACCGCUACGCCUGCCUCCACGCCUACUUCUACGCCUACUCCUACGCCUACUGCUACGCCUACUUCUACGCCUACUUCUACGCCUAUGAAUGCGCCUACUUCUUCCCCUACUCCUACGCCUACUUCAACGCCUGCUGCCACGUUUCUUGAGUUUUGCGCUUCCUUGUGCGCUUGCUUCUACCUCCGUGGCCACGGCGAUGCCUCUGGCAGGGUGCGUUCGCAAAUGACCCGGCUCCCGGCACUCGGCGCAGCCGACUUGCCCCCCCGUCGUCCGUCCGUUAGGCCACUGAGGCUUUUUGAUGCCGCGUUGGGUCAGUAGCCCCGGCGGAAACUAGGGCCCAUGGAAUGUAGUCACUUUGCGUUUUCUUUGGGCCGGUUGUUUGCUUCAUCCUUUCAAGCAACCGACCGCAUGUGGACCAGGGACGGAGCGCAUGAAAGUCUCCCGGGCUGCAUCCUCGAGGACUUCUAUGCACUACAUAUCUACGGACGCUGCAAAAUCUACAAGCCUUUGAGUCAGCUCGUCUAUGUUUCUAUGGUCCCUCAAUUAUGAAGAAGUUGCCGCGCCGUUGUGCCAACACGGCGGCGCGAGUGCAACAUAUUGGUACUGAUGUGUAUCUCUCAGCAUCUUUGUUCAUGUUCCCACUGACAUCGAAUAUGGCGACGAGUAGAAAUGGAUAAACCAGCGCUAAAAAAUGCUUUGCACCGCGAUCGCCCCGCAAAACUGCCGAUGAGAUCAUGAGUUUUCCUUUAUCGCAAUCCAGCAAACAACUCGCAUCACAGAUACAAUAUCGAGCUGACUGCGCCGGAUCGAGAAAAACUGAAAAAGUUGGGCACCCGAUGGGACGACCAAAGGCAACAUUUUGUUACGGAUUUUCAGCAUUACCUGCAUUGCCACCAAUUGAUGACGAGAACAUGAAUCGAUGCCGAUGCGUUUCUCCCUUUCUCGAAGAAAAGAAAACCAUGAAAAAAAUGAAACAAAUUCGAGACCAACGACAAACUGCGACAACGAAAAUUUCAUUGAUCAACAUGAAAA